AUGCUCACCUGGACGGGCGGUAGCGGGUGUCGUGCGAGCGGCACCAGUCGGCUGAGUACUCCUAUACCGGCGCCUACUGUGGAGGACGCGCUGGAUGAAGAUGACGAAGUGGAAGAGGAGAUCGAGGAAGUGAGAGACGGGAUGUUCUACCAAGGGGACAGGGAGCCUGUACCGGUCGCCCAAGCCAUGGAAUACGACGACCCGAUCGCCAAAUACCUCUCCCUCCAACACCUCCCUCACAUUCAAACACUACUUCCCUCUCACCUCCAUGCGCCCUUCACUCAAGCCGCAAGGAGAUGCGCCCAGCGCUACUUGGAGUCGCCGUCAACCGAGACACUCCUCUCCUUCCUCGCCCUCGUCAAAGUCGGACUUCCGCCAAAGAACCUUGGCAAAGCGGACAAGCCUGUCAAGCGGCUCGAGAACUACCCCAUGGUCUCUUGGCCGAAGCCACCAGAUGCGGCAGGUGGAGGAGGCGGGGUGGACCCAGUCAAAAGGGCAGAAAAGCUGAUCAAGAGGGGGAAACUUGGCCAAGCGGGGAGGGCGCUGGUUGCGCAGGGCAAGGUGGCCCUGUACUCGGAGGGUGUGGGCAGUUCCUUAAAGAGCCUACACCCAGUUGGUGAGCUUCAUCCCUUUGGCUCUACGACUGGCCCGAGUACGGGUACGCCACCAGAGAAAGAUCUAAUCUCCUCAUGCCUUCGCGCCUUCAACAAAGAAACCUCCCCCGGUGCCAGCGGCUGGACCGUCCCCCUCCUCCAAAUCGUCGCCCAAGACCCCAUCGUCCUCACCUUCCUCCACUCCCUCACCACCUCUAUCGUCGGCGGAUACGCACCCGGCGUCCAGAUGCUCUGUACGAGCCGGAUCACUCCGCUGCUCAAGAAGGAGGAGAUGGGACGCAGUUCGGCGUCAACACCAAGGGAGGCGUAG